GCACUAGCAGCAGCAGCAGCAAUGGGCUUCACGGGUAUCGCCAUCGGCACCCUCAUGGGCCUCACCACCAAGAUCGGCAGCAACAUUCUGCAGAAGGUCCCGUACAUGCGCCACCCGUGGGAGCACGUGCUGUUCAUGGGCGUGGGCGCCGGCCUGGGCGGCUACCUGCAGAACAAGUACCACCGGGACCUGGAGGAGGUGGAGGAGCUGCGACUGUACCUGGAGCGCCGUCCGGACGUGAACAAGAAGGCGUAAGCGUGUGCCAAUGGACCAGCAGCAGUGAAUCAUCCAACAGAUCAGAGUGCAGAUAAGAGAUCGUCCGGUGCAGGCCGCUCCAUCUCGUCGAGGAUGGAGUGCGUAAGCCAGCCAGAAUCCAAAUCUGAAAAACACGAAGAAAAAUGCCGACCUUG